ACGAAAGCAUGGACAGUUUCCGCUACUCUGCAUUUUAGAUGAGAACAAGAAAAGGCGGUGAAAAUGGCACUAACUGCAAAACGAUUUGAUUUAAAACACGUGCCAUGGUUCUCCUUAUCGGAAUGGCACAAUGUAUACAAGAAAAUUUAUUCCAACGAUUUUUCGGAGCAAAACGAAGGAUAUCAGUUCUUACUCUUAUGGAAGGCCAGAAUUGCAAGGUUACCGGUUGGAGUGGAUUGUACUCUCGCAAUUAUGCAGGCCUGCCUACGCGAUCGAGAGUUAACUCCAAAGAUCGAUAGGAAUGAAUUGCCAAUGUAUUAUGGAAAUGACUUAUGUCUAAUGUACUCGAUCACGAUAAUGAGAUUUAUGAAUCACAUUUCUAACGUAGGGGAUACGAAACAGUCGAACCUAUUCCAAAUUGCAAAACAAUUAAAGAUUCCAGAUUGGAUAGUCAAUUUGAGACAUGAUGCGGCACACGGUCAUGAAUUACCAUCAAUCGAUGCUCUUAGGAUAGCUGCUAAUUUUUUACUUAGAUGGCUACAUGAUGAAUAUUGGAUCAUCGAAGCGCAAAUAAUGAAAGAACAACUUCUGAAACAACAAGAAACGGCAGAAAAGGAAGAAUCCGAAGAUAUUCAGGACCUCGCGGAUCUAAUUGAAUUGUGGAUGGCUGUGGGUCUAUACAUUGAGGCUGAUUAUUCUUUGGUCAUAGAAGUCCCCGAUAUUGAUCUGCGGGAUACCCUACAUGAUUUGCGCACACAUACAUUGAGUUGCCACAGUGACGCAAAUGCACAUAAUUGUAAACAACAGGAAUUUCACAACGAUGAAACAUACGAAUUGAAGACAGCUCAGUCUAUGCUCUUAUCAGAGAUUUCACGAUUCUUGAACAAAAACACUUGCAUUUUAAAAAAAGACGAAAUCAUACUAAAUAUUUUAUGCGAAAGUGAAGCAUUUUUGCCAACUUCAAAUUUCAUUAGCAUAUUCACUAGAAAUCAAGGUCUAGACGAUUUGAAGGAAAACCGUUUGCCAGUUAAGAUGCUUAAAUUUUGGGAAAAUUUCAUUACUUUGUUACAAGAAAGGAACAUGCUCCAAAGUCUGAUCCUUAAAUUAAUAGAAAUUGUAAACAAUUCGCAGGAGGACAAGUAUAAAAGAAGAAUUGCCUCUUUAUGGAUUCGUUCAAUAGUUCAAAGUGUUUAUAAAAUAAUAAUUGCUCGGAAAAUCAUGCAAAGACUCGAGCAUACCGUGGAGAACAAAAAACGAAGAAUUUCUUUGGAAUCUCUUUCUUAUAAAAUUCAGGACAAAGUCAAUCAUACAUACCCUGAACUUAAGCAAUCAUUAUGGUUAAAAGUGACAAGUGAAGUGCCAAGCUGUCUAUUAGAUAUGAAGUUUGCAAAGGAAUUAAUCAUUAAUGCCAAUGAAUUCUCUGUCAAUUUCAUUUCUCAAAUUAUUGAAUUGAUCCUUCCUACUAGUUCUGAAAAGGAAAAAGAGUCACUCUUAAGAAUGACCAAGAUAUAUAUGGGUGAUUACGAUAAUCAAAUUUAUGAACUCAACGAUAAAGAUAAAAUAUAUACUGUUGAAGACCUUAUAGAUUUAUAUGAAACUCGAGAUGAUGUACCAAGUGAGAUAGAUAAGACAGAAAGUGUUUCAAUGAGAAAAAACUUAAUAGAAGUUUAUGAUUGUACCAUUCGUACCAAUACUUGGCAACUUGCUACUGGUGACAGUGAUUGGAAUGCAUGUUACAUCGGAAUAUUACCGUGGCAAAUAAAUUGUAUAGAAACUCUGGCUCCGUUUACAACAUCAUCAAAAUUAGAAUAUGUAUCAACAAAAUCGAAUAUCAUACCAGGUAUGAUUGAUAAAAAUGAUUUAAAGAUGGAAAGUAACGUUAAGUGGGACACAGUCCUUCGAAAAAAGAAGAAGGUUAAGAGGAAAAAGCAGAAGGGUAAGGCAGAUAUUAUGGUAGAUAGAGCACUCGAGGUAGUUAAGAAUUGCCAUUAAUUAAUCAAUGAAUGUACUAAUG